UGACACCAUAUCCACUAUCACUGCAUGACACCACACCCACUAUCACUAUAUGACAUUACACCCGCCAUCACUGCAUGACACCACAUCCACGAUUACUGCAUGACAUCGCAUCCACUAUCACUGCAUGACAUACAGAAAGUAUUCAGUGCACGUUUAGUAUCAGGGUCUCAAACACAACCCGAUGUCAGAUUCCCGACAUACAUAUGAGGUAUCAACGUCUGUGUCAGUGUGACACGUGGCAGCAGUCCGGCACACCAGUCCUGCCUCCCGUCGUAUAGAGACUGCACAACUCUCCACCGUGCACAGGUAAGCCAGUGUGUGUAUUGUGUGAGGCACAACUCUCCACCGUGCACAGAUUGACAACGUGAUCUGGAACCAACGUCUGUUUCCUUCCUGACAAAAUGGCGGCAACUGUUAAGCUGUACUCGUCCUGGUUCUGCCCGUUUGCACAGAGAGCGUGGCUCGCUCUUCUGGAGAAAGGGGUGGAGUUCGAAUACAAUGAGAUUGACCCUUAUAACAAGACAAAGGAGUUUCUGGCCAUCAACCCCCGGGGACUCGUCCCUGUCAUCGUCAAGGACGGCAAGUGCGUGUACGAGUCGGCUGUGUGUAUUGAGUAUGUGGAUGAGGCCUGGCCGGAUGGACCGUCUCUUCUUCCUAAAGACCCGUAUGAACGUGCGCGAGCAAGAAUCUGGUCUGAUUUCAUCACAAAGAAGAUUGUGCCUAAGUUCUAUGUUGCCCUUCAGCGCCAAACUCGGCCAGAGCAGGAGGAAGCCAUGGCGGCCAUAUUGACAGCCCUUAAAGAGUUGUCGGGGGCGAUAUCAGCGGAAGGUCCUUUCUUCGGCGGCCCAAGUUUCGGGCUUGUUGAUAUCAUGCUAGUGCCUUUUGGCAUUAGAUUCGAAAUUUUGAAUCACUAUAGGGGUUUUACGGUUCCUCAGACCGAAGAGUUCGCUCGAUUCAACAGAUGGCUGGCAGCGUGUGAGGUGCGAGACAGUGUUAAAGCUACACUGUCAACAAAGGAGAAAUACUUAGCCGUGUAUAAACGUUACGAAAACAACAGCGCCCAGACGGAAGUAGCGGAUGCCACCAGGAAGGGUACCGCCCUCCCGUGACUCACUUCCGGUCAGAACCACUCCCCUUUAUGAACUAAUUUCUACACGUGUAUGUAUCAGUUUUUAACCAGCCUCUUAAGCUUUAAGUUAUUAAUAAUUAUAUCAUGUACCUCGAUCUACCAGUUCACGAAUACCCGAUUUAAGCAGAAACAAUGUUUACUUGAGACAUGGCAUCAGAGUUUUGUGUACAAUAAAACCCUUAAUCCUCA